AUGACUUGUAAUAAUAUUCUUAAGAUGACAGAUAAUUGUACAAAAAAAUUUUCUAAAGAUUUUUUAUGGGGUGUAGCUACAUCUUCUUAUCAAAUUGAAGGAGCUGCUUUUGAAGAUGGGAAAGGUAAAUCAAUUUGGGAUGAUUUUGUUAGAAUACCAGGAAAAAUUAAGAAUAAUGACACUGGUGAUAUAGCUUGCGAUUCUUAUCAUAAAAUUGAUGAAGAUAUCAAUAUACUUAAACAACUUGGUGUACACUUUUAUCGUUUUUCACUUUCAUGGCCAAGAAUAUUUCCUAAAGGAACUGGUGAUGUUAAUCAAUUAGGAGUUGAUUACUAUAACAAAUUAAUUGACAAACUUCUUGAAAAUAAUAUUCAACCAAUGGUAACACUGUAUCAUUGGGAUUUACCAAAUUCUUUACAUUAUAAAGGAGGUUUUUUAAAUGACAAGUUUCAAGAAUGGUUUGUAGAAUAUGCCGAAUUUUGUUUCAAAACAUUUGGAGAUCGAGUAAAAAUGUGGAUUACUUUUAAUGAACCUUACUCUACAGUUUCUCUUGGUUAUUCAAAAGGUAUUGUUGAAAUGGCACCAGGUGGUUUUGAAAAUCAUUCACAUUGGUCAUUAUAUCAAUCAACGUAUAAUUUACUAAUGGCUCAUGCAAAAACAGUUGACAUAUAUAGAAAAGAAUAUAAAGAAAAACAAAAAGGAGAAAUUGGAAUUACAUUAGUUUGUUUUGGUAUAAUUCCAGGAAACAAAGAUGAAACAGAUAUUAUUGAAAAUGUCUUUGACUCUACAAUGGGUAUCUUUUCUGAACCAAUUUUUGGAAAAAAUGGUGACUAUCCUAAUUUUGUUAAAACGGCACAUGAAGAAUUGAGAAAACAACGAAAUGACAGUGAUACUACAUUGCGACAAUUUUCUUCUGAAGAAAAGGCUUUGUUAAAAGGUUCUGCUGACUUUUUAGGUUUUAAUUACUAUACUCCAUUAGUUGCUUUUAAAGGACAAGAAAAAGUUCCCGGUAUUGUUGAUCAAUUUACAAAAGAUUUUAACUUUACUUUAACUCUUGAUCCUAGUUUACCAUUAGCAGGAGAUGGUUGGGUGCGUGAUGUUCCACAAUCAUUUAAAGAUUCAUUAUUAAUUGUUAAGAAAAAAUAUGGAAAUAUAAAAAUUUAUAUUACUGAAAAUGGUUGUAUGGAUAAAGCAAGUGAAGGAAAUACUGAUUCAAGUAGACAAAAAUAUAUUAAAGGACAUAUUGAAGCUUUACAUAAUGCCAUUACUGAAGGAGUAAAUGUUAAAGGGUACACUUUAUGGAGUUUAAUGGAUAAUUUUGAAUGGCAUGAUGGAUUUGAUACAAGAUUUGGUCUUUUUAAUGUUGAUUUUACUUCUCCUGAUCGUAAAAGGACUCCAAAAGAUUCUGCUAUUUUAUACAAAAAUAUAAUUAAAAAUAAUGCAAUUUAA